AUGGCGGACGAACUUCUUGAUGCAGAAAUGAAACACAUUGGUGAACUUUUUGGCAUCGAUGCGCUUUACGAACAUCAAAUAAAAGUGAUCAAACACCUGUUAAAGGGCGAAGAUGUGUUUCUUUCAACAAGAACAAGCAGUGGAAAGUCGCUAUGCUACCAAGCAAUGCCGACAAUUUUACGAGAGCGGCAGCGUUGUACGGAACCCAUUGUUCUGAUCAUUUCACCACUGAUUUCAAUCAUGAGGGAGCAAGUGGAAAUGUUACAGGCGCUUGGGUUCAGUGCCACGUUUAUCGGCAUGGAUGUGUCUCAGAAUCAAGAUAUAUUGGAAGGAAAAUAUUCUUUUAUCUACACUAACCCUGAAUCAAUACUGGGCAAUGACAGAUGGCGUGAAAUGUUGAAGUCAAAGGUUUACAGUGACAACUUAAAACUGAUCGUAGUUGAUGAGGCUCACACUGUAAUGCAGUGGGGCGUCUCAACUGGAGGACAGGAACCUUUUAGACAAUGGUUUGGAAAUCUUGGUGAAAUAAGAUCAUUGGUGCCAGGAAUACCACUUUUUGCAUUAACUGCAACAGCUACGCCAAAGAAUCGGCAUAAAAUAAAAGAGAAGCUGUGCAUGUUGAAAUGUGUUGAAUUCUCAGAGUCCCCGGACCGAGAUAACAUAUCUUUGUAUGUGCGACAAAUAAUCAGCACUCAACUACUCUCGGAGGUGUUUGCUUGGUUGAUUACUGAAGCUAAAUCUCAGAGAAAAAAGUGUACGCGUACAAUUAUUUUCUGUAAGUCCAUCAUGGAUACAGCCAAACUUUACAGUGUUUUUAAAAGUGAACUUUCAAUGUAUCAUGCUUCAAAUGGAGAUCCUUUAUUCAAUAUGUACCACUCCUGUACUGUUGAACGUGUUAAAGAAAAGAUUCGAUUGAACAUGAAUGACAGAAAUGGAACAUUACGGAUUCUAAUCUGUACAAAUGCUGCUGGUAUGGGCGUUGAUUUCAAAGGUGUCAGUAGUGUUGUCAAUUAUGGACCACCUCAAGAACUGGAUACUUUUAUUCAACAGCUUGGCCGUGCUGGUAGAGAUGGUUCACAGUCACUCCACAUACUGAUAUAUAGUAAACAACAACUACGAAAUGUUGAUCCUGACAUGCUUGUCUAUGUUCGUAACAGUGAAAAAUGUCGGCGAACUGUUUUAUGUGGAUUUUAUUCAGAUGUACCUACUUUAUACACUAAACCAUUACACCUUUGUUGUGAUGAGUGUAUAGCACUGUGCGAUUGUGAAGUUCCACAGUGCAAAACCUUUAAGCAUCCAGCACGUUCUGUAAACACAGAUUCUGAUGAUGAAAGCUUGGGUGAUAUAGUCAAUAAACGGACAAUGACUGAUAUUUCUGCUAUUGACACUGUGCAAAGGCUCACAUUGUGCUUUGCACAUGAAAGCCAAAAAUAUAAGGCCACGGGACCAAUGAUUUCUGUAAAAGGCAACACAGCAGGGGUGAAUAUUUUAGAGAAAAAGCCGAUGAAAGAACAAAAACAUACAAAAUUUGAUAGAGCAGCAAAGUGCAAAAUCUAUGCAAUACCAUAUUUGCUCAAUAACCAGUGUGCACUUGUGUAA